AUGUCAGUGGGAGACGAGAACGAAACCUGCCACCUUCCAGUCCACGCUGCCUGCUUGGAGCUUUGCGGACAGCAUCAACGUGGUCACCUACCGCUCUCGGCAGAGUCUUUGCAGGAUUCCAGCAUGGGUGUGCUCAGCCGUUUAGCCUUUGAAUAUGAGGAGCAAUACCAAGAUUUCUGUGGAGACAAGCUUCACGAUGGUAUGCUCAUGCUCAAGGCAGACUAUGGGGCUUUAGAAUGUUAUGAGUGGAUGGACGAUGACCAGAUGCCGACGAUGGAUGAUUUUGGGGCUUUCGUUUACCAUGCGAGUUGUACGAACAAGGUUUUCGACAUGAAUCCGAUGACGAUCAAGGCUAAACAGCUUACGGACUUUGUUUUAUCUAUGCUGCAACCUCUCCUGCUACCACGCCCAACAGCUGGUCAGGGACAUGCUCGCGAAAUCACUCACUGUCCUGGUGCACGCCUACCUCAAGAGCUACUCAACAUGAUUGAGUCCUAUGCAUCUUCUUCCUUCUCCAACGCCGACCCCGAACCAAGCAGAAUUCUUCCCCAGUCCUGGUGGCGAGAAGCACUCAUCAAUAAGAAAAUGCUCCCUUGGUUGUGGGACCUUGACGUCGACAUGAUUAGAACGAAAGACUCCAAGCCACCCAAAAAUUGGUUUGGGGCAUCUGGGACGUGGGUUGAGUGGGAUUGGGAAUUGCUGGUGCGGAAGCUGGCGCAGACGGACUUCUAUAAAGACAUCGGCAUCCACACAGCAGGAGAAGGGCCGGCGCUUGCGUUGAAGAACCGGAGACGAAUAUUUUUGAUAAUGGACGAUCUUGUCAGGACCCUCCCAGGUCAGCCAAGGAUGAAGGAAUCGAUCAACUGGCAGGACACAGAUUGCCCUGACUGGCUCUUGAUCUGCCAUCUAGUCAAUACCUAA